AUGUCCGACACAGAGCCAACGCCGGGGACCCUUUUUGGCACGCCCGUCGAUUUUUUCCCCCUCCCGACCCCUUACCCUUCCUUGGCCGGAUGCGAAGAAGGCAUCUACCGCCAGGUCAACGACGGCACCAUCCUGGCCUGGGACCCCGUUUACACACGGUUCGAGCCCGGCGCGAACGCCUGCUUCCCCCCGGUGCAAAGAUCCUGGUGGGACCAGCCCAGCGAUGCGGACCCGUCCACCGCGCUAGGCCCGACCUUUGUCUGCCCCGAGGCCUACCACGCUGUCCACACCACCGUCCUCGAGAGCAACUCCGCGUCGCAGGCGCACUACACCUACUGCUGCCCCAAAACGGAUCCUCCCUUAUUGACUCCAACUUCAACGACGAGACUGGGCUCCGGCUGCUCAGUCCCCGGACAACCUGAGGCCGUGGGUUAUGGAACUUCCUACAAGGCCUAA